GAUUUUUGCCGAUCUAGUAGUUGUUUUUUAAUAAUCUCUCUACAUCACUCCAGACUAAUUUCAGUUCUUCACCUAAAUGCAGAGAGAUAAGAAAUAUUCUACUGAGCAUUUCUUUAUCUCAAGCAUUAUUGGUUAAAGAAGGUCAGUGUUGUUUAUGAACUCUGGAGAUGCAAAUUAAGCUAUGUGGACAUGCUAAAGUUAGUGGUUACAGCGUCAUAUUUGUUUGUGAAGAAAACUCCAUCCUUAUCACAGCCAUCAAAAACGGUCUGUGGCAUACAGUUGUGGAUGCUACGAAACUUGAUAAGUUAUGCGACUUGGUCAAACAAUCACGUGAUCAAUAUACACAGAACCUGUCAGAGUCUUUUUGCUCGCUUGACCCAUCUAGUCAUUUUAAUUUGAGUGAGGAUGGGCCAAAUUUAAAUUUCGUAUGGUCCAAAGAAAUUAAGAAAGGCAUUAAGAUUAUCUUCGGAUCUUUUCACUUAGAACCUGCACAAAAUCCACUUGAAUCUCUCUGUGAAUUAACUUGUCUCAUUACGACUAGUCUCAAGGGAUCAAUUUCAUGUUGCAGUAGUAUCGAGAGAGAAAACCGGAAUUUAAAAUCUUUAGCUGAGAUCUCCGCAAAAAAAUACGAAGAGAUAGUUUCACAGGUAGAUGAUAAGGAAACUAUCCUCCUGUCAAAGUUCUCAGCUGUUUUGAAUGAGAAAAAGCGAAAGUUCGAAAACAAUGAAUAUCCAACCUACGUGCUGAAUAAGAAUAGCAAAAUCUCAGUGGAAUUGUCAUCACAAAAUGAUGAUGACGAUUUAAUACCUUCCAAGGACCGCAAAAAAUCAAAGCUUGUCAUAGGUCGUCGUAAAUGAUUUGUAAAGUCUUUCGCCAACUAAUUCACUUCAAGAUAUAAUGACGUUUGUCACGACAGUUCUGGGUGUAUCUUCAGGCGCCAAGAUUACUUUUAAUAUACUUUUGUUUGUGUAAUUUACUUCGUGUAUUCAUCUUCGUUUUGCUUU